AUGUGCUGCCCUAACCAAUACGCCCAUCCCUACCAACAGAAGAUGUGCUGCCCUUACCAAUACGCCCCUCCCUACCAACAGCAGCUGUGCUGCCUUAACCAAUACGCCCCUCCCUACCAACAGCAGAUGUGCUGCCCUAACAAAUAUGCCCCUCCCUACCAACAGCAGAUGUUCUGCCCUCACCAAUACGCCCCUCCCUACCAAAAGCAGAUGUGCUGCCCUAACCAAUACGCCCCUCCCUACCAACAGCAGAUGUGCUGCCCUAACAAAUACGCCCCUCCCUACCAACAGCAGAUGUGCUGCCCUAACCAAUACCCCCCUCUUACCAACAGCAGAUGUGCUGCCCUUACCAAUACGCCCCUCCCUACCAACAGCAGCUGUGCUGCCCUAACAAAUACACCCCUCCCUACCAACAGCAGAUCAGAUGUACCACCUUCACCAAUACGCCCUCCCUACCAACAGCAGAUGUGCUGCCCUUACCAAUACGCGCCUCCCUACCAACAACAGAUGUGCUGCCCUAACCAAUACGCCCCUCCCUACCAACAGCAGAUGUGCUGCCCUAACCAAUACGCCCCACCCUACCAACAGCAGAUGUGCUGCCCUAACCAAUACGCCCCUCCCUACCAGCAGCAGAUGUGCUGCCCUAACCAAUACGUCCCUCACUACCAGCAGCAGAUGUGCUACCUUCACCAAUACUUCCCUCCCUACCAGCAGCAGAUGUGCUAA